UGCAGAAAAUUUAUUCGCUUUGCAUCUUCUAUUGCAAAUAAUAUAACUGAUAAUUUAUUUAAUAGUGAUACCUAUAGACUUGACAUUGACAUAGUACCACCUUACAGUAGUUCCGAUGAAGAAAAUUGUGAUAUAGAUGAUAUUGACAUCGACAUAGUACCACCUAAUAGCAGCUCAGACGAUGAACAUUAUUGUGAUAUAGAAGUUGUUGGCAAUAGAUCUUUUCAAUACGAUCUAGCUCAAUAGGUUGUUAAUGCAAAACUCACACGUUUAUCAUGUAAUGGUUUGCUAGCCUUGUUGAGAAAACAUGGGUGCGAGCUGCCUAAAGAUAGCCGUACUCUUUUACAAACACCUCAAGCUAUACAAGUUUAGGAAAAAUGUGGUGGAAAAUACAUUUAUUUUGGCCUUACCAAAUGUUUACAGAACUCAAUAAAUCAAGGCACUUGCAGCAAUAUACUCAAUCUGCAAAUAAAUGUUGACGGUAUAUCAUUGUUUAGAUCAUCGAAAAGACAAUUUUGGCCGAUUCUUUCUGCUGUUAAUCAUAGUUCACCCACAAUUGUUGCCUUAUAUCAAGGAGAUAGUAAGCCAAACUGUGUUAAAGAAUUCUUAAAGGAUUUUAUUGAUGAAUAUAAAUUUUUAAAAUGUAAUGGUGUCACUCAUAAUGGUAAAAAUUAUACAGUUAUUUUGCACUCAGUUAUUUGUGAUGCUCUAGCAAGAUCUUUUCUGAAAAAUAUUGUUGGUCACAAUAGCCUGCAUGCAUGUGAACGCUGUCUUGCUGUUGGUACAUCAACUAACAGGCGAACAACGUUUGUUUCUUCUGAUUGCUUCAAUGCUGGAAAGCGUACACAUGACAGUUUUAUGCUUAGGUGUUGUACGUCGUAUACUUCAAACAUUGAAAAAAGGUAAUAGAAAAGUGAAAUUAAGCAACAACAACAUAUUGCAAGUUUCUGAAAACCUUUUGGAUUUACGAAAAUGCAUACCAAGUGAGUUUGUUAGACGCCCUAGAUCUUUGUUGGACCUUGAUAGAUGGAAGGCCACUGAAUUCCAGCAAUUCUUAUUAUACACAGGACCUAUUGUCUUAAAGGGAAUUUUGAAUUCUGAGCUUUACAAACAUUUUUUAACACUUUCUGUUGGUGCAUCAAAUCUACUCACACCAUCAAAUGACAAAAGAAAUAACAUGUUGAACUAUGCAAAAGAUUUGCUUAGACAUUUUAUUGAGAAUUCUCAAAAAUUAUAUGGUAAUGAUUUUGUUGUAUACAAUAUUCAUCAUUUGCUGCAUAUAGGAGAUGAUGUAGAGUUUUUUGGUUUACCACUUGAUGAGAUCAGUGCUUUUCCUUUUGAAAAUUAUCUGCAAACAUUAAAAAGAUAUGUUAGAGGCUCUUCAAAUCCUGCUGUACAAGUAGCAAAAAGAAUUCAAGAAUAUGAAAAUGCCCAUAAAUACUCUGAAAUUACAAAUGCAACAACACCGGUCUUUAAAUUGUCAACAACAUAUAGAGAUUCAUUUGCACAACUAAAAAAUUGACAAUUUGUGGAGGUAUAUGAGGUUUUAAAAGAUUCAUAUAUGUGUUAUGUGUUCAGUUUUGCUAAUUUGCAUCCAUUUUUUAUUGAGCCAUGCUCAUCUGACCUUUUAGACAUUUAUUUUGUGAACAAUACUUAUAAGCAUUCUAAAUCGAAGAAUUAGAAAUUUGCAGAAAUCGAGAAAAAGGCUAUGAAGUUUCCCUGUAAUGGUGGCUUUGUGUUAAUGCCUCUUCUUCAUUCAAAAGAGUGCUAAAUUAUUUUACUAAUAAUACUAUUAUGGUUAACUUAAUCAAAGGCAACAGAAAAUUAUCCAUUGAACAAUUGAAAUAAUUUUAGUCUUGAGUUAAAUUAAAGUUGAUAAAUACAUAUUCAAAAACA